UUGACACAGUAGCCAUAAUUUUUGACUUUUGUGACAUAAAUAAUUAAUAAAAGCAAUAUUACUUUUGUUUUGAUAAAGUAAAGAAAUAAUUUCAUAAAAAAAUUCCAUAUCUGUCAUAAUUCUCCUCGAUGAAACAAUAAUUGAUGGAAUUUCUAGGAUAUACAUUAUUUGGACCGCAAAAUUAUAUAAAGGAUAUAAUGAGGGGAGAAUAUCAGGAACCAAUGUCAAAAGAAGACGUAAAGCCCUUAUUACAAAAUAUUCAAAAAUAUUCUACUCUACCAGCAAAGAUAGAAAGGCCCAACGCUGAUGUUAUUAGAGUAAUCGAUUGCUAUAUUGGAAGAGUAAAUGGUUUUGCUUAUGGUUCAAAGCAGAGAUUUAUUAAAAUGAAACGUAAAGGAGUUAUUAAACCAGUUGGACCCUGUGAUAUGUACAGAUUUCCGCCAACUUCAUCUGUAGAGUAUGGUUGGUGGCAACAUGACCCUGUAAUCACUAAUAGCACAUGGCACCACACUUAUCCCAAGCAUCCCCAACCAGCGUCACCAAAUACAUUAAUCUUGGACAAAGUGCGAAAAAAUAAUAAAUAUGCUACCCUAUUUUAAUUCACUAUUUACUUGCGAGAAAUGAUUUAAAAUGCAACAAAAUAAG